AUGUCGCGAGAGUCAAAAUGGGGCAACUACUACGACAAGGAGAGCAAACACCCGUUCAUAUUGAAGAUGAUUGAUACCGCCAAUCAGAUGAUACCGACCUUCAAUGAAAUGUUCGACCAGGUAAGGCAAUUACACUUGAAAUAUAAUCUUUCAAUUUAGGAAAGCUUCUACGUCUUCGCGUUUUUCUUUGUAAUAGCGUCAUUUGGUAUAUCAUUUAUCCUGGCAAAGGUGUGUAAAAUACAAAUAAGGGAGUACGAUCUGUUCCCGGAAGAGAAAAUAAAUCUUCGAAGAAAAGAUAAAGUAGAAUGGAAGCCUGUGAACAUCUUUAAAACCCCAUGGCAGCACUGGACUGACAUCAAAAACCUUGCCAAGCAACAGAACAAUUAUCAAAACAAAGCUCAAACUGACAAAUCUCAAUAA